GGCAGGCGGAGCUCGGCUCGCGGGGCCGACUCUCGGCGGACGCCCGCGCCAGGUCUGGCCGAGAGAGGGUGAACGCGGUGGCAGUCUGUGGUGGCGGCGGCCGGGACGCUGUGUUGGUGCAGGAAGGACCCUCGGGGGGCCGGGAUGCCAGGGGGCGUGGACCCCGACGGCGAGGGCGGCCCUCGUGCAGGAGGCUCAGGAACCAGGCUGGCCAGUUCAUCUCCAUGGUGACCUUGUUUGAGACGCAGGGAGCGGCCUCCGGGGGCCUGAGUGCCAGCGGGCAGGGCAACCACCGGCGAGGGCGGCCGCCGCGGAAGCCACGCAAGAGGAGAGUGGCCGUCACCACUGAGCUGACCCUCUUUGAGAUGGUCGCCCUGGGGAGGAGCUCCGUGCAGACGGCCGUCGAGGAGUGGGUACAGUCGUAUAAGGAGGACAGGGAGCUGGCCCUGCUGGACCUCAUCAGCUUCUUCGUCCAGUGCUGUGGCUGCGAAGGGGUGGUGACGGCCGAGCUGUACCAGAGCAACCAAGGCAAGAGCGUGGUGCACAAGAUGACCGAGAAGUUUGACCAGGAGACCGGGCUGUACUACAAGAAGUUUCUGGCUUACCCCUGGAUCCUGACCAUCAUGUGGCCAGAGAAGCUGCAGAAUGACUUUUACCCCAUCGUGGGGCCGGGGCCCUUCUGGAAACGGUUUAGAGUGAACUUCUGCGAGUUCACGGAGCUGCUGGUGCACCUGACACACUCGUCGGUGCUGUGUGACGGCCACCUCAUGGACACGGUCAUCUGCAUGCUCAGCGGCCUCACCAACUCGGCCGUGUACAGCCUGCGGCACACCAGCUCCCUGGCAGCCAUGAAGCUGCUGACGGCGCUGGCCAGCGUGAACCAGGGCAUCUGCACGGGCAGGCGCACGGCGCAGCGGCUGUACGAGAUCGAGAGCAUCACCAAGCUCAAGGGCAGGCACAAGUACUACAUGGAGCUGCUGGACCAGCGCCGGCACCAGUUCCAGAACAAGCCCAUGGCCAUCAACAACAUCAUCUGCGCGCUCUUUAAAAGGACGUUUGUGCCGCGCUACCGGGACGUGAGCUCGGACAUCCGGGUGAUCUGCAUGGGGGAGCUGGGCUGCUGGAUCCGCCUGUACCCAGACAUGUUCCUAGACAACAAUUACCUGAAGUACAUCGGCUGGAUGCUGUACGACAAGGACGCAAACGUGCGCAUGAAGUGCAUCCUGGCGCUGAAGGCGCUCUACGAGAAGCGAGAGUCGGCCAUGAAGUUGGGGCUUUUCUUCCACAAGUUCAAGAAGCGCAUCCUGUCCAUGACGCAGGACCAGCAGCCGGAGAUCACGUCCGAGUGCAUGCAGCUCCUGAGGCUCAUCUCCGAGCACUACGUGGGCGUGUUCUCGGCCAUGGAGUACGUGUUCCUGUUCCAGUUUGUGUACGCGGCCUACAGGCCCAUGGCCACGGCCGCGGGUGAGCUCAUCUGCAGGAGGCUCCUGGCUCCUCCGCCCCACGAAGGUUUCUUUGGCCAAGAGCCCCCUGACGAGUUUGACAGAAACCUCCAGAACAUGAAGACGCUCAUUGACUUCUACCUGCAGGGUGAGUUCCACAGACACGUCCCGUACCUGGUGGACGGCCUGUGGGAGGCAGCGCCCACCCUGGUGCGCAACUGGGAGUGCAUGACGGCCCUGCUGCUGGAGCCACGCGGCGGGCGCCAAGCGCUGACGAGCCAGCAGGAAAGAGUGCUCAUCGAGAUCCUCGUGGCCGCCGUGAGACAGGCUGCCGAGGGCCGCCCUCCCGCUGGCCGCCGCCUGGGCAAGAAAGGUGCCAGGGAGGUGGACGGGACCCGCCGCUGGCGCGAGCAUGCCAACAUGAGCCGACACUUUGUCAAGGUGCUGCCCCAGCUGCUGUCCAAGUUUGCAGCGGACAAAGAGAAGGUGACCCCCCUCCUGCAGAUCCCUCAGUACUGCAACCUGGACGUGUACGACAUGGACGGCCUGGGCUCCUACCUGGACGCGGCGCUCCUGGAACUGGACUGCCUGGUGCAGCGACACUCGGACGUGGCGGUGCUGGAGGCCUGUGCCCGCGCCUACGGCACCUACUGUGACGAGGGCGGCUCUGCCCACGGCCAGGCUGCCCCCGCCUGCAGCCGGCUGGUCGACAUGCUGGUGGACGUGCUGACCCCGCUGCUGGACGUGUUCAUCCAACACGAGAAACAAGGCCUGUUCCUGGGACAUGGGGAGAUGGGGCGCAUCUGCUCCACGCUGCGGAGGCUGGCUGCCUUCUACAGCACACACGACCUAAGUGGCUGGAACCUGUACGAAAAGAUGGACAGCCUGCUGACGUUCCGCAGACACCAGGGCAGCCUGCCCACGGAGGUCGUCCACUGCGCGCUGCAGUGCACCUACUAUGCGCUCCUGUGGCAGAUCGUGGCGGCCACGGACCGGCUGCCGUCCCAGGAGGCGCUCCUGGACCUGAGGAAGCGGCUGCUCAAGUUCUGCCUGGCGUGCCGCGUGUACCUGAGCCACCAGAGCAAGGUGCUGAGCGAGAAGGCCUUCAUCCUGCUGUGUGACCUGCUGCUCAUCCUGAGCCACCAGGGCCCCGAGGAGGACACGGGCCUGGGGCUGCUGUUCUUCGUCCCUGAUCACGUCCUGCAGUGCAAGCUGCUCACCUUCGUCAGGGAGCACGUGUUCCUGGAGGACGCGGGAGCCGCAGGUGGCCGCCGAGUGUACAGGGAGGAGGACGCGGACGAGCUGCACGAGCUGUUCCACAGGAGGAACAUGCUGGCCGUGUUCUGCAAGCUCAUCGUGUGCAACGUGCUGGAGAUGAGCGCGGCCGCCGCCGUGUACCAGUUCUACCUGAAGCACUAUCAUCACUUUGGCGACAUCAUCAAGGAGACCAUGACGAGGACGAGACAGAACGACAGGCUGCGCAACGCGCUGUCCCUGCUCCUGUGCCUGCAGCAGCUGUUCCAGAAGCACGUGGACACGUACGGCCUCGGCUCCGACCCCAUCGAGUUCAUCUGCGGCCCCUUCUACUCCAUCCGCCUGCUGGCCCGCCGCUUCGCACUCACGCUUGGCUUCGACUCUGCCCGCGACGCUGCCCACCUGAUCCACAGGCGCGGGCUGGCGUUCGCGUUCUCCGAGUCCCCGGUACCCGAGGAGGAGGCCCGCCAGCGCUUCCCCAACCUCAGCUUCCUGCUCGUGCUGGCCGAGUUCUCGUGCAAGAUCCCGCCCGCGGAGCGCGCGGCCGCACUCGCCCACUUCCAGGACUCCAUCCCUGAGGGCGUGCCCGUGUUUGGGGAGGGGGACAUGAACCCCAUGCUCGCCUACCGCAAGUCCCUGAUGCGCACGGACUACAUGGCGCAGGGGGAGGAGGAGCCCGCCGCCAACCCGUUCGACGCCAUAUGCAAGGACAGCAAGCGGCCCCAAGAGCUGCCCGCGGGGACGUGCUCCACCUGGACGCCAGACACGCUGGCCAGCUGCGCCGCGGGGGACCGGGAGCCGAGAAGCUGCUCCUCCAAGGAGCGGAAGCCCAAGAGGGACAUCUUUGAUGUGGACUUCCUGUCGUCCGAGGACUCCGAGAACUCCUCCAACGAGGACGUGGAUGUGGAGGGCAUCUCUGUCCAGGAGGGGGCGUCGGACUGAAGAGGAUGCAGGCCCCGGUGGGACUCCUCACAUCGGGGGUCACGAGUUCCCCGUUGGUCACCGCCUCGUGUCAACCACAGCCACCUGGUCCUGGGGACGGGGAGCCAGCGGCCUCCAGGGGCGGCCGACCGGGGCCCUGCGGUCUUCAGGGGAGGCCGGUGACCUCUGAUGUCCGCAGCUGCACACGCGAACCCGUGUGUGGGGAGCGACCCCGUGGCCGCGGCCUGGGGCCCCCCAUGGUGCCCGCGCACCCGCCCCCCUGCCCACCAGGUGCCUACUUGCCUGCAACGUCCUCGCUGGCUACUGCUGCACGCGGCUGGAAGGUUCCAGAACCAGCUUGCCCCGCCCUGAGCACGGUGCUGGUCUCCAAGCUGCGGCUCUGCUGCUCCUCACAGCUGGGCCUCCGUUGGGUGCAUAGGGGUGUCCGGCGCUGUGGGCCAGCGGCAGGGCCGGGUGGGAGGGGCCGCUCCCCCGGGUCCUGACGAGGUGCGGCCUGGACCCUCGCAGGACGCCCUCCCCUGACAGGUGGGGGACGGGCACCCUGCCAUGUAGACCCCGUGCCGGUGCCAUACCUGAGCCCCUGCUGUGGGGAGGACGACGUGCACGUGUGCACAGGGAGGGAGGACGACAUGCCCGUGUGCACGGGGAGGGAGAGGUCGGUGUGCGGGGAGGACCCCGCCGGGGGCGGAGGCAAACACGUGUGCCCGUGGUACGCGUCCCUGUGCCCGCUGGGCCUUGGGAGCCACUGUGGGCGAGCGCAGCCCCUGGUGGCGGCGGGACCGCUAGGGGUUGUGGGGAGGGCCUCCCUGCUGGGCACGGCAGGCCACAGGGCCAGGGCUGCAGCGUGGACGGGGUCUCCCGUGCUGACACUGCCGUCCGCCCCAGCAGCGCCCCCGCCUGCUGUGUGACCUGAGUGUGCCGUGUCCGCGUCGAGGGCCGGGUAAGCCGAGCCCGUCACAAAAUCCUUAAACUCUUUAUUUGAAAAUACAAACGUGAUCUCGUAAAACAUUUUUAAACUGCUAUACACACCAAAUAAAAGUUAACUUUACACGUUUUGUA